AUGUGGAUAAUACUUGCAAGUCUUCUGGCAGUUGCAUUAGUAAACGCAGAUGAUGCAGCGAGUGUUGUGCCGGAAGCGAGCUCUGACGCAACAGUACCUGCUCCGGAUGCGGAACCCGGCUUCGAAGGAGAAAUCCCAACAGCCGAGCAACUUCUUGAAAUGCUCGAUUCGAUGAGUGGCAUGUCAGACGAAGAAAAGUCAUCUCUCAGAGAAGAUCUGUUGAAAAAUAUUCGAGUGGGUGGCGGUUUACCACAAGCUGGCGAUCAAUCGAUACCUGGCAAUAAUCUGACCACGCAAACUGUGGUCCUCUUGUCUUUGUUGAGCGUAGUUGCUUUCAUUUUUGGUAAAUAUUUCCUGGAUCCGAAAGGAGUCUGUUAGGAAUGUAGGAAUCUAGACAGAAAUUCAGUUUUAUUAGAUGGGAAUUAGAUUGGGAAUUUCUUUUCAAAUUAUUAAUAAUACGGUACUUGGGACCAGAGACUCCGUUUCCUCUGAUUGCUUUUAACAAACUGAUGCUGAUUCAGUACAUAUCUUUGUUUUAUCAGCUACGUUGCAUAACAAAGACAGUCAAAUCGUAAAUCGUCACUUCUGCAUCGUGUACAAUAAUCACAACGUGUUACCUGUUAUCUAAUCAAACACUUCACUUUUCACUGUUUCAUCAACAAUUAUUCGAUCAACUGUACCUUCUUUCGCUAACAAACUUAUAACGAUUUAUUGGCUCGGUAUUCACAUUAACUAGUAAAAGAUUCUACGUCGUUGAAACAUGGAAAAAAUUUUGGAUUCGUUGCAAAACGAAGGUGUAUUGACCGACAGUGCACGGGAGAAAUUAUCAAAUAUCUUGCCGGGAAAUGUUAAGGAAAAGUUACAUAGCAUAUAUCAACGAUAUCAAGAAUUGGACAAUGAAGAAAAGCAGCAAUUUAUGAAUGAAGUAACAGAAAUGUUUAGAAAGAAAAUGGAAAGUAGUUGGAGCUUCUCUUCACUGUUUUACACAUUGUUUUAUUCUCAUCCGUACAUCGUUUUCAUUUUCGCUGUGCUGUUUAUAGCUUUCUUUCUUGUGUUCUUCGUCUACAAAUUAUUCAAGUGUCUGUCGGAGAGGGAAACGAAGCGAGAGGAGAAGAAGAAGAACAAGCAGAUGAAGAAAAAGAAAUAACGUGGACAUCGUGUUAUGGACUGCGAUGAAAGAAAUACGAAUGUGCAACGUGUGGCAAAUUGCAGCGGUACGUUGUCUUGAGGAUGAUUUGUCGUAUUUUAUAUACGAUGAAAAACAAUUACACGUUUUAUGACUUAUUCUAUUUUGUUAAAUAAAAUAAUAUAUUUAUGAAUAAAUAUGCUCAUUUAUUGGAGGGAGGAGAGGGUGUCAUGUAUUUUUGGCAACAAAAAGGACAUUUAUUGUGCCGUUUUGUGACAUACAUGACUUACGCCGAAAUUUCUAUGGAAUUAUUAUAGCAUGCAAUCGUAAUAAUACCAAUCUGUGUGUUACGAUGGAAGAUCACCAAGCUUCUACCCUGGAUUUCAUUUUACAAUAACAUUUCAAGUAAAAUAUACAAAGAUAGUUUCGCCUCGUUCGCUAAACUUAAUUUGUUAACUGAUUCUAAAACGAUCGUUACAUGAUUCGUUCGUGUGAUGUAAAACGACACACACGCUUUGAGCAUUGAGAUGCGCUACUGGUUCAAAUUCACGUAUAAAGGCACGUUCGAGUAUACAUAAAACAUAGAAAAAUGUUAGUAGCCAUAUAAUAUUGAUAUACAUUCAGGAAUUCGUAUUUAUUUAUCAAGUCUGGAAUUGAUUCAUUUCAUGACUCCUAACUUACGAUUUAACAUUUGGUAGUAAAUUAUAAUACUUGGUAUGUUGUCCAUGUUCUACAAAUCCGUGAUCUACCUUCAAGGGAACGAUUGAUCGUUCUCUAGUUUGUACUGCGAAGUAGUAAUGAGAAACGUGAUUUUUCGUGGCAAAACAAUUGUCAUUAUUCCUAAUCGUCAAACCCCUAUGAAAUUAAUUCUAACAUUUUGCUAUGAACAAAAAAGAAACAAAAAAAAAAAAAAUUAAGGCA